CGUGUGGGCGUGUAAGCGCCGUGCUUGUGCUGUAGUUGGACAGCAGCUCGCUGUAGCAGGGCGCUCACAGCCAUGGCGCGACUAGCGCGAGGGAGGCUGGCAGUCGAGCGUUACGCGGAGUGCAUACAACUCACCACGAUCGCAGCUCUGUGUGCGCCUGUGGGAGAGGAAGCCCUAUUUGCUUGGGACGUACAGCCUGCUGCGCUGGCAGAUGUACGAGCAGCUCGUGGCAGCGACAACGAUCGAGGGUAUCCGGUUCGACUACUUCGAGAGAAUCGGAGGAUUCGACUUUAAGGAGAGCUGUUCAGGUUCGAGAAACCUCACUUCCUGGAGCUGUUGGACGCGCUCCAGCUACCGGAUACGUUUGAAGUGUCGCGACUCCAAUGGAGGAUAUGGAGUUCAGAGGGUUCCAGUGAGGCUGGCGUUCGCGGUGACACUGUGGAGGCUGGCGGCACCGACGACUUUGAUUCGCGAUAGGAUUUUUUGGGGGAUGUCGGAGACGCUCAGAUGCGAGAUCUUCAACCUAACAAUGGAGACAAUCUUCGAACGCUGGGGUGAUCUUGUGAAUGACUUGCAAGUAGACGCCAUCCUUCCCAAAAUCGAUUCGUUCUGCGAGGCCAUUGCCGGCCGCGGAUCACCUCUCACUAGGUGUUGGGGAUUCCUAGGUGGAACUAUUCGUAAGAUUGCUCGUCCUUGGCGAAAUCAACGCAUUUAAUAUGACGAAUGAAAGCGUGUACACUCAUUGAAGUAUCAGGCGGUAGAUUCCCCGGAUGGCAUCAUCCGUCAACUUUGGGGUCCUAUGCUCGGCGCCAUGAUGUGAGGUUGCU